CCGCACACUUAUAAACUACUAGCUACUACGUUAUUCAGUCGAUGCGGGACGUGUACUCGUUCUCUCUUACCUCACAGCCCUCCAAUUUCACGGCCCUGUCUUGGCAUUUUCCUCUGAUUUAUCAUUGUUCUUUGUGAGUCUGGUUUGUAUUUUGAGAUCAGAUGGGGGACAGGACACAAUCGCAGUACGUAAAGCUGAAGAAGGAUCAAGUUCCUUUGGAAGAUAUCACGCCUGGUGAACUGAAUCAGCCAAUUGAGGUCCCUCAGUUGGCUGUUCACAAGUGCAUGGAAUGUGGGCAGCCAUUGCCUGAAAGCUAUACACCUCCUGCUGAUGAAGCAUGGAUGACUGGGAUCUUUGGAUGCGCUGAAGAUAGGGAAAAUUGUUUGACAGGACUGUUUUGUCCUUGUGUAUUAUUUGGGCGCAAUGUAGAAAGCUUGCAUGAAGAAACUCCUUGGACUGGACCAUGCGUUUGUCAUGCUAUUUUCAUCGAAGGUGGCAUUGCUCUGGCAAGUGCAACCGCGAUCUUUAAUGGUUACAUUGAUCCAGGGACAUCAUUUCUCAUUCUUGAAGGCUUGUUUUUUACCUGGUGGAUGUGUGGCAUUUACACUGGUCAGGUUCGGCAAAACUUACAGAAGAAGUAUCACUUGAAGAACUCACCUUGUGAUCCAUGUUGUGUACACUGCUGCAUGCACUGGUGUGCCUUGUGUCAAGAGCAUAGGGAGAUGAAGGGAAGGCUCUCUGAAAAUGCUCUCUCAGGGACAACCAUUGUAAGUGCUCCUCCCAUUCAAGAGAUGAAGUCUGGUGAUAACAAGGAUAAUCCUGAAACCUCUUCUUCUUCUUCUGACAAGAACCAUGACCAUACUGGUUUGGAACUGCAAGUUGUAUAGGGUUUUGGUGUUCACCAUUUUUACAUUUCUCAUCUUCUUUCCCUACAAAUUAUGGCAACAUUAUAAGUACAAGGUAAGGUAGUUAAAUGUUAAAUUAUUUAUUACGGCAUCAGAAAAAACAAUAUAAUAUUUACCUUACACAUUAAAUCCUAAUGUUUGGUGUUAU